CCGCCUCCCCGUCCAAUGCUGAGCUCAGUGUGCGUUUGGUCGUUCCGCGGGCGCCAGGAGGCUGGCGAGCCGCAACCGCAGCCGGCACCAACGCCGCAGCUACUCGAGUCUCCGCCGCCGCCGCUGCAUCAGCAGUGCGCACAGCCCGGCCCCGCCGCGUGCCCGGCGGGUGCUCCGCUUUCCCGCGGGCCCGGGGGCCGGCGCGCCGAGCCAUGCCCCGGGCUGCCGGCGGUGGCCAUGGGGCGGCACGGCGGCGGCGGCGGCGACAGCGGUAAGAUCGUGAUCAACGUGGGCGGCGUGCGCCAUGAGACGUACCGCUCCACGUUGCGCACCCUGCCGGGGACACGGCUGGCCGGGCUGACCGAGCCCGAGGCGGCCGCGCGCUUCGACUACGAUCCGGGUACGGACGAGUUCUUCUUUGACCGCCACCCGGGCGUCUUCGCCUACGUGCUCAACUACUACCGCACCGGCAAGCUGCACUGCCCGGCCGACGUGUGCGGGCCGCUCUUCGAGGAGGAGCUGGGCUUCUGGGGCAUCGACGAGACGGACGUGGAGGCCUGCUGCUGGAUGACCUACCGCCAGCACCGCGACGCCGAGGAGGCACUGGACUCCUUCGAGGCCCCCGACUCCUCGGGCGCCGCCAACUCCUCCAACGCCGGAGGCGCCCACGAUGCAGGCCUGGACGACGAGGCAGGCGCCGGAGGCGGCGGGCUGGACGGAGCAGGCGGCGAACUCAAGCGCCUGUGCUUCCAGGACGCGGGCGCCGGGGGACCUGCCGGGGGCGCGGGAGGCGCGGGCGGCACGUGGUGGCGGCGCUGGCAGCCCCGCGUGUGGGCGCUUUUCGAGGACCCCUACUCGUCGCGGGCCGCCAGGUAUGUGGCCUUCGCCUCCCUGUUUUUCAUCCUCAUUUCCAUUACCACCUUCUGCCUGGAGACACAUGAGGGCUUCAUCCACAUCAGCAACAAGACGGUGACGCAGGCUUCCCCAAUCCCUGGGGCUCCUCCAGAGAACAUCACCAAUGUGGAGGUGGAGACAGAGCCCUUCUUGACCUACGUGGAAGGCGUGUGCGUGGUCUGGUUCACCUUUGAGUUUCUCAUGCGUGUCACCUUCUGCCCGGAUAAGGUGGAGUUCCUCAAAAGCAGUCUGAACAUCAUUGACUGUGUGGCCAUCUUGCCCUUCUAUUUGGAGGUGGGCCUGUCAGGCCUCAGCUCCAAAGCUGCCAAGGACGUGCUGGGCUUCCUGCGUGUCGUCCGCUUCGUGCGCAUCCUGCGCAUCUUCAAGUUGACCCGUCACUUCGUGGGCCUGCGUGUGCUGGGCCACACGCUCCGGGCCAGCACCAACGAGUUCUUGUUACUCAUUAUCUUCCUGGCUCUAGGGGUCCUCAUCUUUGCCACCAUGAUCUACUAUGCUGAACGCAUUGGUGCCGACCCUGAUGACAUCCUGGGCUCCAACCACACCUACUUCAAGAACAUCCCCAUCGGCUUCUGGUGGGCCGUGGUCACCAUGACCACCCUGGGCUAUGGAGACAUGUAUCCCAAGACAUGGUCUGGGAUGCUGGUCGGGGCACUGUGUGCCCUGGCUGGUGUCCUGACCAUUGCCAUGCCGGUGCCCGUCAUUGUCAACAACUUCGGCAUGUACUAUUCACUGGCUAUGGCCAAGCAGAAAUUGCCAAAGAAGAAAAACAAACAUAUCCCCAGGCCUCCACAGCCUGGCUCACCCAACUACUGCAAGCCUGAUCCCCCGCCUCCACCCCCACCACACCCCCACCACGGCAGCGGUGGCAUCAGCCCACCACCGCCCAUCACCCCUCCCUCCAUGGGGGUGACUGUGGCUGGGGCCUACCCACCCGGACCCCACACGCACCCGGGGCUGCUCAGGGGUGGUGCUGGGGGCCUUGGCAUCAUGGGAUUGCCUCCUCUGCCAGCCCCUGGUGAGCCCUGCCCCCUGGCUCAAGAAGAGGUGAUCGAAAGCAACAGGGCAGUAGACCCCCGUCCCAAUGGGGACCCUGCAGCAGCUGCCCUGGCCCACGAGGACUGCCCUGCCAUCGACCAACCAGCCAUGUCUCCAGAAGACAAGAGCCCCAUCACUCCUGGAAGCCGGGGUCGCUACAGCCGGGACCGCGCUUGCUUCCUCAUCACUGACUAUGCCCCUUCCCCUGACGGCUCCAUCCGAAAAGGUUACGAGAAGUCCCGCAGCCUGAGCAGCAUUGUGGGCCUGAGCGGGGUGUCCCUGCGCCUCGCGCCCCUCGCCACUCCCCCUGGCUCGCCCCGGGCCACGCGCCGAGCUCCCCCAACCCUGCCCUCCAUCCUCUAGCGAUUCCCUCCCCCCGCGGGGGGACUGGGGGUGAUGGGAAGGUCGAAAGGCGCUGGGGGUGGUGGGUGAGAAAAGGGUUCUUUUAAAAAUGUCAUUAAUAAUAUGCAAAAGAGAUGAUGAUGCCAGCAGACACCCCAGGCCUCUCACUCCCCACACACUAGAAAACCCCCAGGAUAGAGGGGGCGGGGUAGGAGCCUGUUCUCCCCCAACUCUCCCCUCAAAAAAAAAAAAAAAAAAAAAGUAAAACCUCAGGUCUCCAUGAGCCAUAGGACACCCCUCCCAUCGACUCCUGUAAAUAACUAAAAGCUGAUUCCACCUAGGGGCACUCACUCUAGUUUGCAUGCCUCCCGGACCCCCUCUUCAGCAAUAAGCCGCCAGGAGCUGCGUGCAGAGAGUUGGAGGAGAGGCUGCUGGGAGCUUCUGGGGUCGGGGAUGGCAUUUUAGGGGUUUUCCUGAUCACCCACCAAAAGGGCAACCCACCCAUCAACAAUCGAUUCAGGAAAAACAAACAAACAAACAAAAAACCCUCUAGGAACAUGUAGGGAAAGGAAAGCAGGUUAAUCAGCCGCAUCCUUGAGCUCAGCUGGGGGUGGGGGUUCUGCCAGCUGCUCCCGGGCUUGGAGGACUCCUGCUGGUGCAUUCCACCUACGCCCGCCUCCGGGGAUCUGCUCCCUCUAUUCACUGCAUGGACUUAGCCCUCCAGGCCCAGAAUCCUCCACCGCACCGUCUCCACUCUAUCCCAGAACAUGAGGCUAGCACCCUAGACUUCCGGAGAUUGACCCUGGCACCCUGCACUCCCAUCCCCGCACACUUCCGGCACCCCACACUCCCCUCCAUACCCACACGUCCACCACUGGCCUUGGCUGCACCUCAGUGUUCUUCCACCCUCCCACCCCAGCUCACUUACAGACAUCCUGACAUUUCUCAUGACCCAGACAUUGCCCAGACACACCCAUAUUCAUUCAAGCUUCCCCCCAUCCCAGACAGCCCUGACCCCGACAUCACACUCCCCAGUUCCAGGCGCCUCUGAUGCUAGACCUUCCCAGAUGGGCUCGGGCUCGGCCUGUCUGAUUCCAGGGAGCUCCCACUCCAUCCGGCAUCUCUGUCUAGGCAACCCCCUCCUCAAAGCCGCUUCCACCGAGAUGGUGCCAAAACACAGACUUUCCCAGAGCGUGGGACUCCAUUCCCUCUUCGUGUGCUGUAGUCUGCAAAGUGCACAAACGACCAAGUGUUUAAAACAUGAAUGCUCCAGGCACACCUAGCUGGUGCGUCCUGGCAGCGCGGCAGUUGGGUGUUGACAUUGGAAGUAAGUCAAGGACAGUCAAGCACACAGCUUGCCUAAUGUGCUAAGGUCCCGGGGUUCAAUCUCCGGCAGCCCCUCUUCCCCUAAAACAGUCCCAAAGUGAUGAUAGAAGCUGUGGCUCGCGUGGUGGGAAAAGACACGCCCACCUCGACUCAUCCACCCCCUCCCAGUGUCCCUUGCCCGCCACGUGCCACGUUCGCGGUGGAAGACUCCCAAAUCCCAUCUUGGCUCCAGUAUGCUACCUCCCCCAAAGCCCAGAGACCACACUGGUCCCAGAAUCCUAAACAAACUCCUUUGGAGCAGGGUGGUCAGCAAAAUUAGCAAUCUCUUCCUUGUUCCCACAGCCUCAGGGAGCCCUCCCGCUGCCACCAGCGUGUCGGUGAGAGAGUCCUUGGGCCCAAUUCUCGAUGCAACGAUUCCUAUGCAAGGGGCAUUUUGAGUCCCCCCACCCCCACACCUCCAGCCUUCCCUUGGGACUUUAAACCCUGCUAAGACAGGGGUUGAGGGGUGGGGUGGGAUCUGGUAGGGGCAGGACAAAGGGCUAGGGGACUCCAGACAUCAGGGUAUGAGGUGAGAACUCCUAAUAUUGCCAAAGGGUUUAACUUUAAACAGCCCCUAUUAUCCCCUCCCAUCCCUCAAUGGGGCGGGGAGAGGGGGCAAGAGUCCUUUUCGAGGGUACCAACCACCUCCCACUGUCUUCCCCCUGCUCUCCAGUUUCCCACACGUAUCCAGCUUUUUAGUUAAGCUUUUUUUAAAAAGCUACCAUCGUUAUAAAUGUCUACAAAACGUGAUUUUUGCCCCCUUCAUAUUUCCCAAUUUACCAAACAGUGUGGGGUUCGGGGAGGGAGAGCCAGGUCCUGGUCUCCCUUUUCCCCACGGCCGCCAGGGUGCCUGCAACUGCACGCAUGCGCUGCAUGAUGCACCCCCCCACACACACACGCGCAUGUGUCGCGCACCCCUCCUGCGCUGGUGGGGGGGACGCACGGGCUGGGGGCGGGGCGAUGGGGAGGAAAGAUUGGCAGGGGGCAAGGGGGUCUUCCUGAGCUCAGCAGCUCCCCUCCUUCCCCACACACUCACAGCAAUAAGUUUCUCUACUUCUAGUGGGCGGAUGGGUCUGGCCUGGCCUGGCCUGGCCUGGCGCGGGAGGGGUUGGCCAAGGGGCGCUCUCAGGGAUGGGGGCGGGUCCUGAGUCUGGGGGAGGGGAGGUCUGCAACUCUGGUGCUAACAGGCGGGUCUUCCUGGCCCACCCGCAGGCAGGCAGGGAGGGGUCGGCAGGCUCCUCCCCCAAGCCUCCCCCACGCCCAUCCAGGGUGCAUGAACCACCCACGCAGAAGCUGCCGCAUGUCAGCCCUCCCCCACAAAGAAACAGUGUCAUGCCCCUCCCCAGCCCAAUAAAUGAUUCCUUUUCAUUUAGAA